UUCAACACAUCACAUCCCUUUGUGGGAUAAACCACUGGUGGUAUCAGUAUUAUAUAUUCCCACGAAGAUUUCAUUAAUCCUGGCAAUCCAACCAUAUGAACCUCUCAUAUUCAUCACUGUCAUGGAAGUCCGACGAGGAGAUGAUUGGCCAUCUGCACUGCCACAAGGCUAAUUAGGGAUCUACGCCAAAUUGGAUGCUCCUAUUGGAGUGAACCCGUGAUCCGGCUGUCUUGGUCUACCGCCGAGACCCCUCAACUAAAGACUUGCGUAGCCUCAUUUACCUCAGCCUUUGCAUUCUCUGCUAAAUAUUUACUCAACAGAUAGUUGAUUCAAGACUUCAAGACCGGGUCAGAUACGGAUCUCAUAAUGGCUCUUGUAGUCUCGUCUCCUCCAGAUAUUCGGGCGGCAGAUCCCACACUGUCCCUCAAGCAAGCGUUGACGGACUUUGGUGAUAUUCUAACUGAGGAGCAAAAGCGACAGUUUCAGGUCAGCUCUACAAAACCAGAUGUCUCGAGCGUCAUUGCUUUCGUUGGAGAGAUCGAUGCCAACAACAGCAGUACGACAAGGAGGUGUGUCGCGCCACGAUUGUACACCUUCCUGGAUGCGCUCCAGCAGUUCAGUCGUGUUGUGGAUACCUUCGUCAGCUCCAAUCCUGCAAUCGCCGCCCUCAUCUGGGGGGGCGUGAAAACAGCUAUAUUGACAGCGAGUAAUGUCGCGUCUUACUUUGACAAGAUCACAAGCAUGGUUAUGGCGAUUGGCAGGUCGUGUCCAACAUAUCAGCAGUUUGGCCAACUCUAUCCCGGCUGCGUCGCGCUCCAACGUGCGCUAUGUGAUUAUUAUGCAGUCAUUAUCCAGAUGUGUAUCAAGAUCAUCGAAAUAUCUCGGCGGACUGCCAUAACGCAAACGUUAUCGUCCGUCUUCUUUCCUUUUGACACCGAGUUCAAAUCUUUCCAAGAUAAUCUGGACCAAGCCACAAAGGAAAUACAACUACAGAUAUCACUUGCGUCACAAAAGGCUGACAAAGAAGCAAGGAAGCUACUGGAGCACGAAAGCCAAGUCAAUACAUCAUUCCGGCGAAGAUUAUUCAAAAAGUACGAGAAGGAGCAUGCUGAGGCACACCAGUGGCGAAUUGACAUGUUGAAAAGGGAAGCAGCGAAGUUGAAAUUGGACAUUAAAACCAAUCUUUCUACCAUCGACCACACCAAACCUUGGAAGCAGGCUACGAAACAACGUGUUCCCUCCACAGCGGAGUGGCUGCUGCAGGAACCCCUCUUUCGACAGUGGAAAGACAGCCCGGACGCCGCAAUUUUCUGGUGUUCAGGCACAAUGGGUGUAGGUAAAACGGUGCUUAUGUCUAAUGUGGUUACCCAACUGAACGCCUCACGCAAGAGCAACGACGUAAUAUCUUAUUACUUCUGUCGAGGGGAUGAUGCAGUAUCCCUGACGUCUAGGAGCAUUAUUGGAAGUCUUGCCCGUCAACUAUUAGAACAGGAGAUUGACCAUGCUAAAGGUGAAAGCCUAUGGGACCUACACAAGGAUAGCUGUGGUCUCGACACAUCUGAGGUCGUUAAUUUCAUGUUGUCCCGCCUUAAAGCUAAUAGGACGUAUUAUCUACUUCUCGAUGGACUCGAUGAAUGUGAUAAUAGCCAGAUUGAAAAGGUGGCGUGGAACAUGACUCGACUUUGUGACAAACGCCCAACGAACUUCAAAAUCAUCUGCGCGGGCCGUCCUGAGCUUGAAAAACAGUUGUUCAGAGUGAUCAAGCCCAAAUUUAAACUGUCAGUGACAGAGAGGAAAAUUAAAGCGGACAUGGAUAAUUAUAUUGACACAAUUCUUGGUCGCUGCCUGGAAGAAGAGCUGUUGAAGCUGCAAGAUCCGAAGCUCAUCAUAGACAUAUCCAAAGCACUACGAGACGGAUCCCAUGGAAUGUUCCUCUGGACCCGUCUUUUUGUCGAAGAGCUUUGCGCACAGGGAAGCGACAAUGACAUUUUGACGGCACUGAAGCAUCUACCGCGUGGUUUGUCUGAAAUAUUUGAUCGAAAAAUCCGUCGUCUCCGGGAAAGGCCAGCGGCAAAGGAAGCAAUGAAAAUACUCGAAUUCUGCAAUGUGGUGAAGCGGCCAUUGUCAGUCAUGGAAUAUCAAGAAGUCUUGAGCCUCUCCCCUGGGCAAAAGUCACUGGACCGUGGAAAGAUGCCCAAUGAUAUGAUCAGUGUUGUCAGUGAUUGCUGCGGGUUAACAUUUAUUGAUGAAGAGGACAGCACGGUGCAUUAUGUCCAUCAUAGCGUGAAACAACACCUUUCUAGCAUCAACAGUCUACAAUCUGGGAGAUCUGACCUAGCAAAGAUUGAUCAGCAUUUCGGGUUUCUUUGCAUGACCUACCUCGAUUCCACUGACUUCAAGCGUCAGCUAGCCAAGACCAGGGAGGGCUCCAAUAUUCCGAUCAAACCCCUUCAUCUUGGUACCCUCCCGAUUCGUCAUUCGAGAAGAUCGGCCAGUUCAAUCGCGCUGAAACUACUUUCCCAUAGUCGCCAGCUGCAGCAUCUCAACACCCAAGAGUUAGAGAGAAAGACCCAGGACAUACUUGGCGAUCUGGAAUCCUCACGUCUAGAGUCAGAAAUCCGAAGACGACAGUUCCAUUUUUUUGACUACGCCUGGACUUACUGGGUUGAUCAUACGACGGAUCUGGAUCCUGACGCGGACCACAUGAUAUGGAAAUUAUUCUGCCGACCAUGGGAGUCAGAGCAGCAGAACAACGAUAGGGCACGUGAGAUACCGAACGCAAUACAGUGGCUAAUAACCUAUGGGCAUUACACCUUGUUCCAGUACCAUGCCAGAUGCCAGCCUCAUAUUUUAACAGAAAUCGCGAAGCAAGAAGUCAUCCAGCAGACCGCUAUUCACAAUCGUUACCGCUUCACAGAGCUGAUAAUUCAACAGCACGGCACUUCCAGCGAAUUGCUGGGUUCUCUCCAAGCAGCAGCCGAAGCAGGUCAUCUUGAGAUAGUGAUGAGCUUACUAGCUGCAGGAGCUGGUACCCAUGCACUUGAUACAGCUCUCGAAGUAGCAGCCAAAGCAGGCCAUCUUGAGAUAGUCAAGAGAUUAUUAGCCGCAGGAGACAACACCAAUGCAUCUGGUACUAGACAUGGUGGACAAACAGCUCUCUAUGCAGCAAGUGAAGCACGUCAUGGUGAGAUAGUGGAGACACUACUAGCUGCAGGGGUGUUAUGGGGCUGA